CUUACAAGUGAUGGAGCGUGGCCGACGGUGGUCAGACGUGAGAAUAAUUUGCGAAACCUUGUCGGACGAGACGGAUCGUGAUAGAACGUGAAAUAUGCUCAUUCUGAAAAAGAGAAAACUAACCUUGGUUGACUUCUAUGAAUAUUUCAUUUGGCCGCAUCUAGGAUUCUACGCUCACAUGUCACCAGUCCUAGUCACUCAUUGUCGAGCUCCACAUCCCCCUCCUGUUUCCUGUCAUCAUCCACAUGAAGCCCGGACGGAGUGUAUCCGUUCCAUCCAGAGGACGAGGGAAUUCGAAAGUUUACCCUCCAAUCAUCUAAUUUUUCCGUAUUCAAACGCCCAGCUAUGCAAUGCAGAGUCAUUUGGAUUAGACACGGCUGGACGGUUGAUGCUUGUGCCAGCAGCACAGCUCAUAGAGCUGGCAAGAGACUCGGGGAUGUAUUUCAGCCACCUGGAAAUGUGUAAUGCCGCCAUUCUUUUCCCUCAUUGGGUGAUUGUUCGGAAUAUAUUUGAUUGUGAAGACACGAGUCGUUCUUAUCUGCUCUCACUGCUUGCUCUCAUCUGCCAACUCCAGACUCUCGUUCGUUCUCGUUCUCAUCUGCUCUUGCCCGAUGUUGAUGCCAAUGCUGAGGAGGUGUUCGAGGUCAUAGUUACAUUUUGUUUUUUAAUAAUCUUAGUGCACACCUGCAGGUAGUACACCCUAUACCCACGCGUUUUCGGCAAACCCUAC